CGGAAGGAAGUGGUUCCGGGUCCUUGGCCCCACGGUGGUAGCUGUGGUACCUCUGCUGUGGGAGGCGGCGGCUGUGCGAGGGGCGAGGCCCGAGGGGCUGGCGGCUGGGCUGGCGGCUGCACGCACUUCCCGGCCGGGCUGCGGCCCCGGCGGUUCGAAGCGACUGUCAUGGGGACCAAGGGGUGGUGUUCAGGGACCGUGCCCUUGUCCCUGAGGCGAACCCGGACGCGUAGCCUGCGGGACCCGAGCCGAGGAGACCCUGCUUUGUCCUCCCAAGGCUCUCGGCAUCUUCUGAUAACGUCCAGAAUGAGUCGUGAAGGAUGCUCUUUAUCCUGCAUUGCAAAGUAAAACUUGUUUUUCGAAACGUAUCUUGAAAAUUGGCGCAUCUCCUUGUGCUUUUCUAAGGUUAUUAGGGAACUGGGCCGUUCACUGUCAGGAUUGUCCUGUCGAGUUGUUUUAAAAAAAAAAAAAAGAAGAAGAAGAAGACGAAGAAGACGAUGUGGUAAAGACCUUCUUUGGCCCACUACGUCUGGCCCUCUAUAGGACAAGUUUGCUGACCUCGGAUUUAAUUCAUUCUGUCCUCACAACAUUCCAGUAAGUGUAAAAGUGGAUAGUGGCUCAAGUGUCAAAGGAUGGCACGGUCACGCUCUCGAUCCCCCAGGUGGAAACACAGGUUCUGGUGCUACAAAAGCAAGAUGACACCUUCUGGGGCCUCAGCAAGCAUGCAGACUGGCUGGGAGAUUGGCACUACAGUCAGCUCUGAUACUGUGGGUUAACUGCAGUGCUACCGACUGGGAUAGAGUAUUCUGGGUCCACAGAGAAGGAAUAAUUCUGCUUUUAUGGAGGGAAAAAGGGGAUGCUAAGAAAGUCUUCAAAGAAGAGAUGAAAUUUUAGCUGGCCAUUUAAGGAUGGGUAGAAUUUGUAAAGGCAGAAACAAAGAAGAAAAGUAUUCCAGUUAAGGGGGACAACAGGAGCAACAGCACAGAGCUAUGAAAGUGCCUAGUAUAGUCUAGGACUUAAAAAAGGACCAUAAUUACAUACAUAAAAAGCAGGCCAAAACUUCAUGUUGAUACGACUUGGCCAUUAUGCUUGUUCAUUAUGGUUCUACGAUGACUAAUCAAUCAUUGUAAUUUGCAAGACCAAGUUGUAACAAGAAGGAGCUUCAGGAAGAAAAGAGAAUGUAAAAAAUGGAUGAUUUUAAUAUGGAGGGCAUCACAGGUGGUUUUGUUUCACCCUUUUGUGAUAGGCCCUGAUGGAGGGGCACAGAAGACCUGCCAAACUUAGUGCCUGAUUUCUAGAUUCCUUCUCUUCGUUAAAAACCGUCAAGUAUCUGAUAUUUUACGUUCCUUGCAAGCUAACACGUUAGCCUGCCACAGGGCACUCCUGGGUCAGAGACAAAGGCCUUUAUGACUCACGGUACAGCAGGCAGCCUGAGCAUCGUGUCCCUGUGUUUCCCUCACUCCCAAGUCUCCUGAGGGUGGGAGCUGCAGAGCAAAGCCCUGCCGUGACCACACAGCUGAGGAACCCAAGCCUCAUCAGGGGCUACAAGCAAAGCCACUCAGCCUUUGCCUUGGAGGAGACAUAUCCUGGAUAGCAAACAAAUUGAUCCUCUUUCCCUGAGGGAGGCCCUAUCUCCAUCUUCCCAGGCUGUGGUGUCUUGGAACAAAAGCUGUCAGUUCCUCUGCUUACCAAUGCUGAAUGCAAGAGACCCAUGGAGAAUUGUCUCCCAACAGACUCCUCAGAUCUGUUUUGUUUCUUCAGGAGAAUUGAAAAUGAUAGUAACCAUUCCAGCAAUCUCCUUCAAAAAAAUGGGUUUUUAUACAAUAAAACCCCUGAUGUGAAGUAUAAUAACAAAGCAAUAUUCAUUAUGAGGUCUUUAUCACCAGUACCUAGAAAUUCUGACCACUACAAGCAAAGAUAUUUUCAUGGGCAUUAUGGCUGUGAAUAUAGGAAGGAUCCAAAAAGACCCAUCACUUGGCGAAUGGACAGUGAGAAACAUGGACAGAGUAAACCAAGGAUUCCUUCUCGUGGAAAUGUGCAUUACCGAUCUUAUGAACAUAGAUCACCUUCCCCAAACCUAAGAAGAAACUCUUUAGAAAAUGCUUAUACUUAUAAGCCUUACCGAGUACGCUCAUCAGAAAGAGGAGAUGGUAACAGAAGAUCUAACUAUAUGCCGAAAUACUCAGAGGGUGUACCCUACGAAGAACACCAGAGGAAUUGUUAUUCCCAGAAAGUACAAGGAAGGUAUAUUCCUGAUGACCACAGAGUCCAAAGAAGUGGAAAAGGAGGGAAACCGCCUCAGAGGUCAAUAGCAGAUUCUUCUAGGUUUGAAGGAAAGUGGCAUGAAGAUGAGUUGAGGCACCAGAGGGUACAAGAUGAAAACCAUUCUCAGUCACUUAGAAGAGGCUCUGAAGACUUUGAGAAAAGGAGCUCUUUUCAGAAGAGGUAUCCUGAGGAUCGUGAUUUCAGAAAAUAUGGACACACAUCAAAGAGACCUAAAGAUGUGGAGAGGUAUGAAAACAGAGAGUCUGCCAGGAACCCACAGUGGAAGUUUGGGCAUUCUCUUCCAUCUUACCAAGAGAAGAAAGAGCAGCGGAACCUUGGACCCCAAACUCAUCAACAUGCUCUGUGGGAACCACCAGAGACCAGUUCAGCAACCAAGGUAUCCUGUGACUAUCACCACAAACGUCGUAAGACCUCAGGUGGGGACCAGGAGUUUCCUGAUGGAAGAAUUCAGAAGUACUCUAAGGAGGAAGAUAGAAAAUCCAGUUCUCAAAAAGGCCCUGAAAAUAGACACUCCGUUUGUUUUAAUGCUGGAAGAGGGAGAGACACUGAAGGUGGGCAAGUCAAAGAACCUUCCAAACCAUCUAAGAAAGACUGCACUGACUGCACGUCCUCUACCCAUUCAAGUAAAAGUGAUGUUGGCUUGAGACCCUGCAGUGACAAACAGAAGGAGAAAGGAAAGAAAGAAGGGGAUGGCAGAAAAGAGAGCGACUCUUCCAGUAACCAACUUGAUAAAAGUAAACUUUCCAAUGUGAAAUCUUCUUCUGCCAGUCUUAGGAAGAAAUCACUUACUAUUAAAAUAGAUGUGAAGAAAACAAUAAAUACAUCCAGGGUUGCUUCUAGCUAUUCCACAGAGAGACAGAUGUCACAUGAUUUGGUUGCUGUUGGCAGGAAAAGUGAGAACUUUCAUCCAGUGUUUGAACAUCUUGACUCAACUCAGAAUACUGAAAACAAACCUACAGGAGAAUUUGCUCAGGAAAUCAUAACUAUAAUCCAUCAAGUUAAAGCAAAUUAUUUUCCAUCACCUGACAUUACUCUACAUGAGCGUUUUUCAAAAAUGCAAGAUACACAAGCUGCAGAUGUAAAUGAAAUUAAAUUGAAUUCAGAUCCAGAAAUUCACAGGAGAAUAGAUAUGUCUUUGGCUGAGCUUCAGAAUAAACAAACUAUGGUAUAUGAACCAGAACAGACUCUGGUCAAAAUAAUAGAUCCAAAUGAUCUACGACAUGACAUUGAAAGAAGGAGAAAAGAACGGUUACAGAAUGAAGAUGAGCACAUUUUUCACAUAGCUAGUGCUGCAGAGAGGAAUGAUGAGCAUUCUAGUUUUUCGAGGUUGAAGAAUACUCAAGUUGAGGAAUUCCAAAAAUCAAAUUUUAGAAAAUUUAUUCAGAAACCUCACAUGAAUUAUCCUAUACAGAGAAAAGGCACCAUUACUCAGAAACCCUUUGGAGUUGAGGGAAGACGUCAAAACACAACAGGCUUUAGAAGACCUAUUAAGAUCAACUUUAGAGGUGGCAGAUUCCAGCCCCAUUAUAAAUCAGGCCUAGUACAGAAGAGCUUAUACAUUCAGGCUAAAUAUCAGCGUUUACGAUUUGCUGGCCCAAGGGGAUUUAUCACUAAUAAAUUCAGAGAAAAAUUACUGAGGAAAAUAAAGGAAUACGCAAACACUGCCCCAGCAAUCUAAUCCAGAGCUGCUACAGACGGAGACGACACUGCAGGAUGGUAUUUGGGAGCAUCUCUUUUGUCAGGAGUUAGAAUUGGCACUAAAGCACUAAUACUGUAACUUUCUUGAUAAAAUAACUUUAUUUUUCUGUA